AUGCGGACGGACCGAGGGACGGGGACGGGAAAGACCACGGAAGGAGCCAACUGCGACGCCAGAACACGGGGCUGGGCAAGGAGAGGAAAAGAAACUCACGUCGAACAACGCACCCUCACCCCGCUCCCCGGGGACCCUCGCGGCCGCCGCGCUGCCCGGGCUCGGUGGUGCGCGGUGCGGGGCCCGGGGCACGUCGCGGGCUGCCCGCACCGUCCGGGCUGGCGGAGCGGAGUCGCGCGGCCCGUGUGGGUGGAGACCGGAGACGGGAAGCCCCGGGCCCCCGGCCAGACCUCUCUGCAGCUCAGGCCCCGGGAUCGGGAGCGACUGAGGCGCGCUUCCCGGCCGGGGUUGGUUGUGCCUGGUCCGGGUGUCCGACGUGUCCCGCUCGCGGUCGCGCUCGCUGGCCGGCGCCUGCGGGGGAAGGGGCUGGAGGAGAAACCGGACCGGGGACAGGAAGCGGGCGCAGCUCUGCCGCUCCGGCAUCCCUGGAGGAAGGAGCCCCGGAACCCGCCUCGAACACCUGCUCCCCGCCCCGCCCCCGCCCCCACCCAGCCCCGCCCCCUGCGGCGCGCGUGGCCGCUGACCCGGGCCUGCAACCGGCCGCCCGCGGCCGCCACUGGGAAACGCUGCACCUCGGGCGUCGAGGACAGCGCCGAGGACAGGACCAGGGACCUUGGGGACUUUCCCCGGCGGCUCAGGUUUCGGCCUCCCCUCGCCGGCGCCCGCGAACAGGUGCAACAUGUGUCCUCUGGGGCCCUCCAGGCGCGAAGCCUGUGCUCGAGAGCUCGGCACCCUCGGAAGCCAAACCGGGAAGAGCAGCCCCCUCCCCCGCCGCGCCCCGCCCCGCCCCCACCCUUAGCCCGCCCCCGCGGACCGAAGCCGGGAGCGGAGGGGGUUCGGGACCUGCUCCGAGAGCGCGCGGAGACGGAAGGCGCGGGGCGCGCGGCAAAUCCCGGGAACCGGCCCCGACUGGGACGCAGCAAGGGCUAG